CCCCUUGCCUCGCUCCCCAACCGCAGGCGCCGCCGACACUGCUCCGCCCCGCCGCCGAUGGAGGCGGCCGCCCCCGUCUCCUCCGCGCCCCGCACCGUCGGGGAAAUCUACAGGGACUACACCGCCCGCCGCGCCGGCCUCGUCCGCGCGCUCACCUCCGAUGUGGACGAGUUCUACGGCUUGUGCGACCCAGAGAAGGAGAACCUGUGCCUGUACGGGCUCCCGAACGGGGGCUGGCAGGUGGCGCUGCCGGCAGAGGAGGUGCCCCCGGAGAUGCCGGAGCCCGCACUGGGGAUCAACUUCGCCAGGGACGGGAUGAAGCGCCGCGACUGGCUCUCGCUCGUCGCCGUCCACUCCGACGCCUGGCUCGUCUCCGUCGCCUACUUCUACGCCGCCCGCCUCAACGGCAACGACAGGAAGCGCUUAUUUAACAUGAUCAAUGAUCAUCCAUCCGUGUAUGAAACAAUGGUAGACCGGAAGCAAAGGGAGAAUAAGUCUGGUGUUGUUAACAGCGGCAAAUCCAGGCACUCAACAAAGCGAUCAAAUGAUGGGAAGAUAAAGAGCUCGAGAUCGGCGGCUGUUGAAGAUGGGUAUGAGGACGACGAAGAACACAGUGAAACCCUCUGUGGCACUUGCAGCGGUUUGUACAACUCGAAUGAGUUCUGGAUCGGAUGUGACAUUUGUGAGCGGUGGUUCCACGGCAAGUGCGUGAGGAUAACACCGGCGAAAGCGGAUCAGAUAAAGCAGUACAAGUGCCCUGAUUGCUCCAAGAAAAGCAGGUAAUAAAACCUUGGAGCUGUGGCCUCCCAUUGCUGACUCAGCUGAUCAACCAAAAAACUCUCUCCAAUUUGGCUGUAGAUGUGAAUUGCCAUAGGCAUUGUGUUGUGUUAGAUGCUGGAAAAAGACACAUACAGGAUAGUUGGGUCUAAUAGACUGGUGGUUUUGCUUUUGCGCUUGUUUCAUUGACAUGUGGAUACUGGCCAUUUAGUCUUGAGAAAUCAUUUGUUGAUGCCAUCUUGGUUGGUGUAAUAUUUGCUUCCAUUUGGUAAUCUUUGUGUUGUGGAUUCUAGCAACAUGAUGGAUGUGGCGAAAAAUGAGAUUUGUCACUCCUUGGAGUGCGCAUCUGAGGAUUUGUAAAACUGAUUAGUUUCGGCU